AUGAUUUCCCUUGUGUCGUCGUCCGUUGCAAGCCUAGUGGCACUGGUUGCCCUCGUUGCCUUGACUCCCGCCCUGGCAGGCUACAUCGUGCGGUCAGUCCUCAAGGGGUUCGGAUAUCUCAAUCAGAAAAAGUCAGAGGCGAGGAGAGCGUUGAUCCGAGCUCGAGUGCGAGUGGAAGAGGAAGACUAUCGAUCACGACGAGCUAGACAGACCGCUAGCUCGAAGCCGUCAAGGUUGGAGGAGGAAGACUGGGAGACCGUUGACAAGGAUGGCGGCAGCUCCUCGACAUCGAGUGGCGAUGCGAAGAAUUAUAAUGACUGGGCCGGUAUUGUAGGGUUCUUCCACCCGUUCUGCAACGCCGGCGGAGGAGGUGAACGAGUACUAUGGGCGGCUGUAGAUGCCGUUCAGAAGAGGUGGCCCAAAGCGAUAUGUGCUGUAUAUACAGGCGAUCAUGACGUGGAUAAGGCAACAAUGCUGAAGAAUAUAGAGAGACGAUUUAACAUCCAGCUACACCCUCCUACAGUUGUGUUUCUGUAUCUAUCUACGCGGAGAUACGUAUUAAGUAGCACAUGGCCGCAUUUUACGCUCCUCGGACAAUCGAUAGGGUCGCUGAUAGUCGCAUACGAUGCAUUCACCCUUCUCGUUCCCGAUAUAUUUAUCGAUACAAUGGGCUACGCCUUUGCCUCGGCAUUGUCACAUUAUCUCUUUCCAGAGGUACCCACCGGGUCGUACGUGCAUUACCCUACCAUUUCGACCGACAUGCUGGAGUCGCUAGACGACGCAUCCGGCUCAAAGGGUCUGAAUUCAGGGGCAGGAAAGGGAUGGAAAGGUGUGGCGAAGAAACGCUAUUGGCAUGCGUUUGCACAACUAUACGGCUGGGUAGGGUCCACAAUCGACGUCGUUAUGUGCAAUUCGUCGUGGACGUCCGCACAUAUCCAGAGCCUCUGGCUACCGGCGAGACGUAAGCGAGGGAUUCAAUAUCAAGCCGCUAGCGUAGUCUUCCCUCCCGUUGCGGUAUCCGAGCUGGAGACGAUAAAGAUCGAUCUCAAGAGCGAGCGAGAGGUUCGACAGCCAGCCAUCCUUUACAUAGCUCAGUUCCGUCCGGAGAAGAAUCACCAACUUAUUCUUCACGCCUUUGCACGGUUCCUAAAACAAUAUAAUGCCACAGCAGAGAGCAGAGGGAGCAAGGACCCCAAGGCUGACAGCGAGAGUGACGGCAACUCCUCCCGUUCGCCCCAGCUCAUCCUGAUAGGUUCGGUCCGCCACCAAACCUCCGAUGAAACUCACAUCUACAACCUCCGUCUGCUAGCCCACGAAUUAAGGAUCCGCGACAACACCACUUUUCUAUGCGAUGCCAACUGGCCCACCGUCAUAGAAAAUCUCAGAAAGUCAUCCAUUGGCGUAAAUGCCAUGUGGAACGAGCAUUUUGGUAUUGGAGUGGUGGAAUACCAGGCCGCUGGUCUGAUCAGUGUAGUGCAUGACUCCGGCGGCCCAAAGCAAGAUAUCGUUGUAGACUUGGAUGACGAAGGAGCCACUGGGUUCCACGCCACGACAGAGGUCGAGUUUGCAGCCGCCUUUGAGGCUGCGUUGGCUCUGCCUGAGGAAGAGAAGCUUGCUAUGAGACUACGGGCAAGGAAGUCCGCGCAGAGGUUCUCCGGGCAGCAGUUUGAGAAGAAAUGGCUCUGUGAGAUGGAGAAGCUGGUUGAGCUCCAGGUAAAGCGCACCAGUGCAUAG